CAUACCAUCCUCCCUACUCUCUCUCUCUCUCUCUCUCUCACACACACACACACACACUGUCUCUCUCUCUAUCUCUAAGCUCAUCAAUGGCGUCACCGGAUGAAUCUUCAACUUUAGAUCUCAUCCGUCAACACCUUCUCGUCGACGAUUCAACCUUCCUUCAAACCUACACCCUUCUCUCCGAUCAUCCACAACCUUCCACCCUCCUUUUCCCGCCAAUUUCAUCUUGUACGAAUUCUCUGAUCGAACAGCCUCAAUCUGUAUCCGAUCAAUUCGAAUUCGAAUUCGUAACCGAACCUGAACCUGAACCUCAACAGGAACCGAUAAUUCAACCGAUUUCACCGGAAAACAACGAUUUCAGCAACAAAAAGGCGUCAGUAACUGUAUCGUUUAAUCCGUUUCAGCUACCGGUGAGUGAGAAAGCUGAAUUUGUUGACCGGAAGCAUUACAGAGGAGUACGACAGCGGCCGUGGGGAAAGUUCGCAGCGGAGAUACGAGAUCCGAGUAAGAAAGGAGCUAGGGUUUGGCUAGGGACGUACGACACCGCUGUAGAGGCGGCAAAAGCGUAUGAUACGGCAGCGUUUAAGCUUCGUGGUAAUAAAGCGAUUUUGAACUUCCCGCUCGAAAUUGGAGGUGAACCGGCGGAGACGGUGAUGGUAACGGAGACGACCGUAUUGAAAAGUAACGGCCGGAAAAGAGGUGCUCGGCAGUUGGAGGUUGAAGAUGGAAGAAGCCGGAAAGUGAAAGUGGAAGCGGAUACGGCGGAGAUAGGUGGUGACACGAGUAGCUGGCCGGUGGUUGAUAACGACGGCGACGGUAACGGUAACGGUAAGUUUAACGGUGUAUUUGAGGCGCAACCGUUACAGUAUUCUAGCAUGGACUUCACAUCUGGUUGUAUGGUGACUUAAUAUUGGUGGCCGGUUGUUGACAACAACUGCAGUAACGGUAACGGUAACAGUAACAGUAAAAGUUUAAGUUUACUGGGGUGAUUAUCAAAUUAACCGUAUUUACUGAGAUAAUAAAAAAGAGCCGUGACUUUUUAAUUACCAGUUAAUUUCGGCCAAUCAAAACAGGACAUGUGUCUAUUGCGGCGCAGAUAUCUUCGCCAAGGUAAUAUGUUACGCGAAGGUGACACGCGAGUUUGAAAUCUGUUGCGUUAGACUAUACAUGUCGCGCUUUGGUUUAUUGGUAAUAUUAAAAGGUGAAUGAGUAUUUUGUAAAUAUCUUGGUGUACAUGCUUAAUUUGUGGUUGUCCCAAAGUUCAAAGGUAUAUUCGAGGUUCAACCUUACGUAUUAUAGCAUGGACUUUAAAUCAGGUUGUAUGGAAACUUAACGACGGUUUGACGGCGUUAUUGUAAUUUGGAGUUAUCAAAGGGCCGUUACUGGUUUGCUACUGUUUGUAAUUUAAAAAAAAAUGUAAAUGUAAAUUAUUGAGUAGUUGAUAUGUAAACUCUAGUGGUAUCAGGUUGAUAUUUAAUCAGUAGUUUUAUAGUUUCGGCUUUAGUAUGGUCCCAUCAUGUGGGUUUAUUACAAAUAUGUAAAAUGUCAACAUUUGGGACGAUAUUUGUUGUAUUAUUCCAGUAGGGAGCCGCUAAAAUAAAAACCACUCCCAGUUGUAAGAA